GGAGCGCAGGGGGCGCAGGGGGCGACGUGCCGAGCAGUGUGGAGCCUGUGCACCGCUCGGAGUGAGGGGGCAGCCACAGACCUGUUUCCACCUGAAGCCCCUUCAGCUUGUUUUUGGAAAGUGCUUUGAGGCCAAGAUGAUAAAAGCUAUAAAAUGGGAAAUAUAUUGAGCCAGAAGGAGUUCACAUCCAACCACAGUUUUUUCUCAGUUUGGAAGCGGUGAGCCCCAUCCCCUUCCACCAACCCCUUCUUUGGCAGCAGCCGUUUCCCCUCGUUGGCCCCGGAAGAAAGAGGACAGCAGGCGGGUUGGUCUGGCCUCCGUCCCUGCUCUGCUCCAUCCCUUUGUCUGUGAGGCUGUGCGUGAAGGGAGCCUUGCCUGCCACCUGCAGUGGAGGGAUGGCCAAGACACGUGAAAGUUGAUCAGUUGGUUGGGGGAUGAUUCACCUGACCUGUACAAAACCAGAUUGGCUUCUGGAGUCUCUUUGCACAGAAAUCCAAAAGCGCAGCUGGAAUUUCGGUGGCAAGGGAGAGAGUCAAAACGGGAGCUGAGUUCCAGGGUGGGCUGUGGGAGGCAAGCCACUCUGCCCUGACCACGACGGGGGCGUGGGGGGUGGUCUUCUUCCACUGCCCCCUGGACAGCAGCAGGCGUGACCUCUAAGGGCUCUGCUGUGUCCUCCAGCGAGUUCUGCAGCCACAGAGCUUCUGCAGUCACACGCGGCAGCCUCCCUGCGGUGCGCGCGGCACCUCACUUCCACGCGCCACUCUCCUCGGAGCUGACUGGCCACUUGGGGGUUGGGGAGUUGUCUUCUUAGAACACCGGCUGCUGCACUCUUCCCUGUUGGCGGGGCUCAGGGCUGUGCUCAGCGUACCCCGUGCCUGCCAGCAGGUGUAGAGGCGGCGCAGACCUGCACCAUCAGCCCUGGAAGGGGCUGCACCCACUUAUUUGAAGGGUCAUCCCUGUUGUCCCUCCCCAGUGUUCUUCAUGCUGACUCAAGUAGGUCCGUACUCCCAGGAGGCUCAGGUAUUACCUGCCCCCACCCCCAUGACACUCUGCAGUCCCUGGGGGCAUAGAAUAGCAAGAUCAGUUACUCUGUGUUUCCUUUAGUUUGGAAGGUCGUUUUUUACCCAUGAACUUGUAUGAUACAACAACAUUGUGGAACAGAGAGGCAAACUAUUGUUAUUCCCUUUUGGCGGAAUUUGGCCCAAGUCUCCUGGGGGGCUUGAGGCAGACUCUUUUGAACAUCUCUUGAAUCCUAUGGAGCCUCUCCCCGCAAAAUUAGUAUAGCAGCAAAGCCCUUUCAACUAGAGCACAGUUUGGGAAGCACUCCGGAGCUCAUAUACACACAGGAGCCCCGGCAUGUGGGUCCCACGAAGCAGUCAUUGGAACUCCGCUGACACGAGCUGAGGGAUGCCGACCCUGUGCUGGCCCCCUGCCCUCAGGGUGCUGAGGAGCGGCAGAGCCCUCAGAGCACGGGCUCUAGAGCGCAGGCUCAGUAGUUGUGGCGCACAGGCUUACUUGCUCCGAGGCAUUGUAGGAUCUUCCCGGACCAGGGCUCAAACCUGUGUUCCCUGCACUGGCAGGCGGAUUCUUAACCACUGCGCCACCAGGGAAGUCCCGAGAUGCCGGUGCAGCUGACAACAGCCUUGCGUGUGGUGGGCACCAGCCUGUUUGCCCUGGCAGUGCUGGGUGGCAUCCUGGCAGCUUAUGUGACAGGCUACCAGUUCAUCCACACAGAAAAACACUACCUGUCCUUCGGGCUGUACGGUGCCAUCCUGGGUCUGCACCUGCUCAUCCAGAGCCUGUUUGCCUUCCUGGAGCACCGGCGCAUGCGGCGGGCAGGCCGGCCACUGAAGCUGCCCUCCCCGCUGCGGCGCUCUGUGGCGCUCUGCAUUGCUGCAUACCAGGAGGACCCCGACUACUUGCGCAAGUGCCUGCGCUCAGCCCAGCGCAUCGCCUUCCCCGACCUCAAGGUGGUCAUGGUGGUGGAUGGCAAUCGCCAGGAGGAUGCCUACAUGCUGGACAUCUUCCAUGAGGUGCUAGGUGGCACCGAGCAAGCCGGCUUCUUUGUGUGGCGCAGCAACUUCCAUGAGGCGGGUGAGGGCGAGACGGAGGCCAGCCUUCAGGAGGGCAUGGACCGCGUGCGCAACGUGGUGCGGGCCAGCACCUUCUCGUGCAUCAUGCAGAAGUGGGGAGGCAAGCGAGAGGUCAUGUACACGGCCUUCAAGGCCCUUGGUGAUUCAGUGGACUACAUCCAGGUGUGUGACUCUGACACUGUGCUGGAUCCAGCCUGCACCAUUGAAAUGCUUCGAGUCCUGGAGGAGGACCCCCAAGUAGGAGGAGUCGGGGGAGAUGUCCAAAUCCUCAACAAAUACGAUUCAUGGAUCUCCUUCCUGAGCAGUGUGCGGUACUGGAUGGCCUUCAACGUGGAACGGGCUUGCCAGUCCUACUUUGGCUGUGUGCAGUGCAUUAGCGGGCCCUUGGGCAUGUACCGUAACAGCCUCCUUCAGCAAUUCUUGGAGGACUGGUACCAUCAGAAGUUCCUAGGCAGCAAGUGCAGCUUUGGGGAUGACCGGCACCUCACCAACCGAGUCCUGAGUCUCGGCUACAGGACUAAGUAUACAGCUCGCUCUAAAUGCCUCACAGAGACCCCCACCAAGUACCUCCGGUGGCUUAACCAGCAGACCCGCUGGAGCAAGUCUUACUUCCGUGAGUGGCUCUACAACUCUCUGUGGUUCCACAAGCACCACCUCUGGAUGACCUACGAAUCAGUGGUCACGGGUUUCUUCCCCUUCUUCCUUAUCGCCACGGUCAUACAGCUUUUCUACCGUGGCCGCAUCUGGAACAUUCUUCUCUUCCUGCUGACAGUGCAGCUGGUGGGCAUUAUCAAGGCUACAUACGCCUGCUUCCUUCGGGGCAACGCAGAGAUGAUCUUCAUGUCACUCUACUCCCUUCUCUAUAUGUCCAGCCUCCUGCCAGCCAAGAUCUUUGCCAUUGCUACCAUCAACAAGUCUGGCUGGGGUACCUCUGGUCGAAAAACCAUUGUGGUGAACUUCAUUGGCCUCAUCCCUGUGUCCAUCUGGGUGGCAGUCCUCCUUGGGGGGCUGGCCUACACAGCUUACUGCCAGGAUCUGUUCAGUGAGACGGAGCUAGCCUUCCUUGUCUCUGGGGCCAUCCUGUACGGCUGCUACUGGGUGGCCCUCCUCAUGUUGUAUCUGGCCAUCAUUGCCCGGCGAUGCGGGAAGAAGCCAGAGCAGUAUAGCUUAGCUUUUGCUGAGGUGUGACGUAGCCCUCAAGCAGAGCGGGAA